GUACUGUCUCUUUUCACGUUUAUCUUACUACCAUCCAUCAUGCGCUGCAUGAGCUAAUAAAAUAUGAGUCUAAUAGAGAUAAUGUCUAAUUCGCGGUUGAUAUUCCAUGAUAAUGUUUCAUGACAACGCAAAUCAACAUUGAAUUUGUGCGAUAUAGAAAAUUGCACCCGUAACAACCGAUCAGUCUCGAAUGUCCAGUCAUCCGUGUAGUUUGUGCAACUACCAUAAUGUCGGAUGAUGUUUGGAACGAUGAUAUCGCGUACGAGUUCUCUACUCAAAGAACAUUUAUGCAAAUACUCGGUAUAUGGCCGCUACAGAAGAAGAGGAUAUUCAUGACAGUUCAAUGGAGCGUAAUGAUAUUCAUACAGUUGUCACCACUCAUCUUCCUGUAUAUGGAAUUCACUGGAAAUAAUCGUGAUGCUGGUACAGAUAUAGAAGCCAUGUUAUAUUUUGCAACCACGUUGUCCUUAACUUUGAAAUACAUCUGUAUUAAUGCUAACGGAAGUAAGAUGGCAAAAAAUAUUAAUUCUGCUAUCGCCGAUUGGUCGUCUGCAAAGAAUGACGAGGAAUCGUACAAGAUCAUGAAGAAACAUGCGUUUAAAUCCAGGCUAUGUACUUUGUUCAUGCUGUACUUAGCUUUCACAUGUGGUUCCCUUUAUGUACUUUCUGUCGUACUUAUAAACUUAAAAGACCUAUUUUUACCAGGUCAAGUGGUGAACGUAUCAAAUGAUAAUAUCGGUACGAAAGACCGGAUGUUUAUAGUGCCAUGUGGUGAGUUAGGUGAUAAAAUUACCAGUUUACAGUACGUGAUGGUCAUCAUGUUUCAAACGGUUGAAUUACUCAUGAUAUGUGUAUUGCAAUCUAUUGCGGACAGUUUUUAUAUUGGCGUUACUCUACACCUCACUGGUCAACUUAAACUGCUUGAAACAAAAUUUAAAAUUUUCGCAAGCAAGCCAGACGCUCGGAUUAAUCAUCGAAAGCAAUUUAUUAACUUGGUUAAAAGGCACUGUGAAUUAGUGGAGCUCAAUCAGAAUAUAGAAGAUACGUUCUAUCUGAUUAUAUUAUUCCAACUUGUUAUAGUAACCCUUGUGCUCGCGCUACUAGGAUUACGUAUAAUAGUUUGCUUAAAAAACAGCGAUUAUGUCGAAUUAACGAAAAGUACUGUACUGUUGAACUACAUGUUCCUACAAUCGCUGGUGUACUGCUAUGGCGGUGAUUUUGUGCAAAAAGGAAGUGAAGGUAUAUUCCACGCAAUGUUCAUGGCUUCCUGGUUUAAGAUUCCUGCAAGAUUGAUGAAGGACUUGAACUUCGCGAUGAUGAGAUCAAGCUAUCCGUUUCGUCUCACUGGUGGAAAAUUUUUCUACGCUAAUUGCGAAGCGAUGGUGUAUAUUCUGAAGACGGCAGCUUCAUAUGUUUCGGUUUUACGAGUAACACUGAGAGAUUAAUAAAAAUUAUCAAAUAAUCUAAUCACAACUUGCUGAACACAU